UAUCCGGGUAGCUUGACGCGGUGGGACAAAUGAAGUUCAUAGUCCACAGCUGGUGAUGGCGGAUGUUGAAAAAGAGAGCAUGAAGAAUUACCACAUAGCUUCGGAGAAAAUUAACCCGGAGGCCAGUCGCUAUCCUUACUGUAUAGUGUGGACACCUAUCCCCGUGUUAUCAUGGCUGUUUCCCUUCAUUGGUCACAUGGGUAUCUGUACUUCCACUGGAGUCAUCCGGGACUUUGCUGGGCCUUACUUUGUUUCAGAGGACAACAUGGCUUUUGGACAACCAACAAAAUACUGGAUGCUUGAUGUAAGCAAGGUUUACGCCAGCGGCUCCAAUGCCUGGGACACAGCCGUGCAUGACGCUUCAGAGGAGUAUAAACACAGGAUGCACAACCUAUGCUGUGAUAACUGCCACUCGCAUGUCGCAAUGGCUCUGAAUCUGAUGCGAUAUGAAAACAGCACCUCGUGGAACAUGAUCAACCUCUGCCUCCUCGCUCUCAUCCACGGAAAGCAUGUGAGCUGUGCAGGCUUUCUGAAGACCUGGCUGCCUUUUCUGAUGCUCAUGGGCAUCGUCCUUACAGUGGCCCUGGCCCUCAACCUCCGGUGACCUGGGAGCAAGUCUAGGGACAUGGUGGAAACCCCCUCGUGGGUCAGAGGUGGCGCUGACCUUUUGAACAACACAGGAGAGGGAAAACCAGUAACAAAGACUCCUCACCGCUGAGAGAAGAUUGAUGGACAGGAUUGUUUAGGACAUGCCUGAUUGCUGGCUCGAGCAUGAUCACUGGCUUUACUGCCGUGUGGAUGCUAGAAUGUCCCAGUGAUGGAAGUCCAUUUAUAAUCGCCUGCAAUGACUAGGACUACACAAAAGCAUUUAUUGGAUUCUGAAUAUUAAAAGUGUGACUGGCGGUUUUAAGCCAUUGCCGCCUGCAAAGUGUAACAGUAAACAGUUGAAAAGAAGUACCUACAUUGUUGAACUCUUUGAGGGAAACACAUCCAUGCCUUGCUUUCAGAUUUUACUCGGAUUGGGAUUGUAAUCCCAUGAUUCAGUGCUUCCAGGAUGCCAAAUUUAUAGCGGGGCGCACCAACAUGUUAGUUCAGUUAGCUGCCUUUCUGCAGGAAUCUAUUGCAUCUCAUGCUUGACCUAACGUAGCUCUUCCACAGCACUGCAACGUCUACCUAAAUACACAAAAGCAGUUUGUGUUUUUGUGCAUUUUCUUACUCUGUAGGAUAUCAAAGAGUUUGCAUCUUCAAAAGGGAAAUAUUUUCUCAGAUCUGUUGGACAUGCAUUACACAUAUCACCUCAUGAUACUGUUAUCUAUCAGUGCAACAAUUGUAGCAACCUCAAUGAAUAUGGCUGUGGUAGAAAAUUAGAGAAUAGAGAAGCCUUUUUGUGUGACCAGCACAGACUGUCCUUCCAUAUCUUGGUCUCUCAGUAGUGGAACAGUUUGUCUGUGACUCUAAAGGUGUUGAUGAAAAGCCAGCUGAUGUCAGAGGUAUGAAACCUGCUGCGAUUUCGUUUUGUUGUCCCUUUGCUGCGUUCGACUUUUACGAGAAAAAGCCAGAGUCAGUGCCUCGAAACGACCUCUCUUUGCAUUUUCAGCUUUAUGGUCAUUUAUGACUCCUCCUUCUGAAAAAGAAAUGCACAUGAUGGUUGGCACUCAAAAUCCGUUGCCAUGGCUGUCGUGAACGGCUUCAAAUCCCCUCAUUGUUUGCAAUCAAACAGGGAAAAAAGUGUUGAGCCCUCUCUUUGUCUGCGGUGCUGCCAGAAGCAGCAGGUAGCCAGGAUCCUCAGGUUUUUUCACGCUCACCGACCCCUGUUGAAAAUCCCCCGUUUCCACCUCGGCGCCUGACCAGCGUCGCUCGCUCCUGCUGUUUUUCACCUCUGCAGAUCAGAUUGGAAGGUCAUUGUGAAAUGUCAGCACUGUUUCGCAAAGCUUUGAUGUAUACCGACCAACAUCCUGCAAUAAUCCAAAGUAGAUGUCAUUUAAGUGUGAGCUUAAAGGGGUUUUCUGUAGUAACUCCAGGGCUAACACCAUUUUCAGGCUCCUGUUGGAAGCAGAAUUUCUGUGGCCUCUAGUUCUGUGUUUCACCCAUGUUGCCUGUAAAUACUUACACAUCAGACUGUACAUCAGGUGCUCUUUAUAUACUUUGCUAACUUGAUCACUCUUCAGAUUUGAAUGGCCCUCUUUACUGUACUUGUAAUGUCUGCUUGGCAGUGAGGCAGACCUGUGCCUGGAUGAGUGUGUGUGUUUGUGCGUGUUCUGCACAUUAGAGAGAGCAUGCACUUGUGUGUAUUGCAUGCAUGCGAGAGUGAAACUGUUGGAGAGGGAUGUUCGUGGUUGGCUCAUAGCUAUCGCUUCUCGAUUAAUAAUCGGCUGCAUAUCAUUGCAGCAAACUGCCUAGUAAUUGAUUUCUAUAUUUAUUACUCAGUCUUUCCCUUAAUCUCUUUAAAAUGUCUGUAUUCACUGGUAAAAUUGAGUGAAAAUAAAUAAAAUAUUAGAUUGUA